UAGGACUAUGAGAUUUUUUUCAAAUUUUUAUUUAUUUAUUGUUGCAAAGAGAUUUAUACAAAGAUAUAUUAUUUCCCAUACUUAAAACCAACAGUGCCAUAAAGAAGAGAGCCACAUCACCCAGAAGAUAGAAAAUUCANAAAAAAAAAAAAAAAAAAAAAAUAAUGGUAUUUUAAUGUAAAGCAAGCUACCAGAAGAAACUAGAAAAAUUCUGUGAAAACCUAAAAAGAAAGUUUAAUUUAGUAUCAAAAUUCCCAACGGUAACUGGAAAAUCGCCGGAAUUGAAUCUGCGGCGAGGGCACAAAACUUGAAGAUUCAUUCCUCUUUUCCAUGGUUGCUUUCUCCUUUAUUCCCAAAUCCCACCACGUCGUCAUGAACCACCUCUCCUCCUUCUGGUUAUUUUCGUUGCUCUUUACGACCGCCAUUGCAGCACAAGAGUCUUCAAUCACUCGUAUUGCUUUCGGUUCAUGUGCUAAUCAAAGCGCUCCACAGCCAAUAUGGGAUGCAAUAAACAAGUUCGAUCCACAACUGUUUAUUUGGUUGGGUGAUAACAUCUAUGGAGAUAUCAAAAGACCACUUAAGGUUUUUGGGAAAGAGAGAACCUUUGGGCCGUGGAGGAACACACCGAGGUUUAUACCUUCUUCAGAGGAAGAAAUGAAAUCAAGAUACGCCAUAGCCAAGGCUACUCCUGGCUAUUCUCGUCUUCAUAGAAAUGCCAAGGUUAUUGGAACUUGGGAUGAUCAUGAUUACGGCUUGAAUGACGCUGGAAAAGAGUUUGAUCAUAAAGUCCGUAACCAAAAACUCAUGCUUGAUUUCUUAGAUGAGCCUCUUGAUAGUCCUAGGAGAAAGCAAGCUGGUGUUUAUGCAUCUUAUACUUAUGGUCCACCUAACCGUAAAGUCAAGGUUAUAGUUUUAGAUACUAGAUAUCAUAGAGACCCUUUGCGAAGUGACGGGAGUAUCUUGGGUGAUACACAGUGGGGAUGGCUCGAAAAUGAACUGAGAGGUCCGCUUAGCGAAAUCACUAUAAUAGGAUCUUCCGUUCAGGUGAUAUCAAAUAUAUCUGCUACCACUGGACCUCUCUUUUAUAUGGAAUCAUGGGGUCGUUUUCCAAAGGAAAGAAAACGUCUUUUCCAACUGAUAUCAGACACUAAGAGAAAUGGAGUUAUAUUCAUUAGUGGAGAUGUACAUUUUGGAGAAAUCACUAGAUAUGAUUGUUCUGUUGGGUACCCGUUAUAUGAUGUCACCUCUAGUGGUCUAGUACAAUAUGUUGAGAAAGUUAUCCCUUACACCUUGCGCCCCAUCAUUAGGCUUCUUUUCUGGUAUACACCAAGCACGAUGAGAGUUAUCAAUGAAAAGUGCAAAUUCAAAUCAUGUACAUACGGGCAACAAAACUUCGGAGCAAUAUCGAUAGAUUGGAAUGCAAAUCCGGUUACCAUAAGGCUCGAGGUCAGGGAUGUCAACGGACACGCAGUACUAGGCACAAAUGUUUCUCUACCUGAACUACAACCACGAGGGCCAAAUAUCUUGACAGAUCCAACUGCAAAGGGAAAGUCCCAACGACAUUGUACUCUCGAAAUCGAUUUACCAGGAACAACCAGAUACCGAUUGGCAGUUCUCAUCUACUUCACCACUGCUGUCUUGGCAAUGGCGUUAUUAGGAUUGAUCAUUGGUGUUGUACUGACCAUAACAGCUUGCGUCUACAAAUGCAAGGUUGACUGAUUGUUGAUUUGUUUCGGUAAACCUUUUCUCAUUUUUUUGUCACUGAGCUUUUAACACCUUUUGCUCCAACAAAACAGUCUCUACAUCUUUAUACCUUAUAAACUGUAUCAGUCUAUGAAGCACGGGCUAGGCUAUUUCGUGAUUAUUUUGCAAGUAGAAUAUAAUGUUAUAGUUGUGGGAUGGUAUGAAGACAUUGGUUUUGAUCAAACCCCACAUAAAAGAAACGUUUAUGUAAAAAUGCAAUUAGAUCAUGUCAAUCUAUGUCAUGGCUCAUGUUUCUUUUA